AUGUUUUAUGGAUUUGAAGAAUUACCACCGAUUAGUGAUGAACCGUCACGAAAAAAAUCAAAAAAAUUAACAAUACCCCGGCCAAAGCUUAAAAAAUCCACUAAGCAAAAGAAAAAAGCUAUUGUUCAAUUAAAAAAAAAUAUUGAUGAGCCUAAAGAAGCAAUUGAUGACGUUUGUAAAGAUACAACUGUAGAUGUUGAAGAAUUCAAUUCAGCGGUAUGGAGUGCUCUAGGAGUUCCACCUCCAAUAAUAAAAGCACUAGAAGAGCAAAACUUCAAAAAUCCAACCAAUAUUCAAUCUUUAACUCUCGGGCCUGCAAUAUUUGGCCGUAGAGAUAUUUUAGGAGCGGCUGAAACAGGAAGUGGUAAAACACUAGCGUUUGGUAUUCCUAUUUUAACAGGAAUUUUACGACUUAAGAAAGAGGAACCUCAAAUAGAAAAUAAUAUUCAAGAGUCUGAAGAAGAUGAAGAAGCGGAAACUGAGUCUGACAAUAUAGAAAAUUUAAAAGUAACCAAGCAAACUAGGCGAUGUGGUACUACUGAUCGUUGGUCAGUUUCAACCGAUAAAAGUGACGAAAAUGAUAAAAACAUCGAUGAAAUUUCCGAUUCUGAACAAGAUGACCAAGAAGAAUUUGACGAUAAUGAUGAUGAUGAUGUGGAUGACAUGAAAAAUAAUGAUGGUAUUGGCUGCGUCAAAGUAAUUGAUUAUGGUCUCGUUAAUGAUGGUAACACAUCAUCAGCAAGUGACUCAAUGAAGCCGUUGUACGCUUUAAUUUUGACACCAACACGAGAGUUAGCGAUCCAGAUACGAGAUCAUCUGCGUAAAGCUGCUAAAUAUACUGACAUCAACAUUGCUGUUAUUAUUGGUGGAAUGGCAGCUGUCAAACAAGAAAGAAUACUAAGAAAAGGUCCUGAAAUAGUAAUUGCAACUCCUGGUAGGUUAUGGGAACUUGUUGAUCAAGGAAAUAUACAUUUGAAUCAGUUGAAUACUAUUAAGUAUUUAGCUAUUGAUGAAACCGAUCGUAUGUUAGAAAAAGGACAUUUUAAAGAACUUCAUCAGCUAAUAGGAAGAAUCAAUAGUAAUCCAGAAGCUUUAAAAAAACGUCAGACAUUUGUAUUCUCCGCUACAUUGACUCUAGUUCAUGAUAUUCCUGACUUUUUAUUACGUAAAAAAAAGCGUCGACCUUCAAGUAAAAUUUUUAAAAUCACUCCUGGACAAAAAUUGCAAAAAGUUAUUGAUUUAUUGAAAAUCAAAAAUCCGAAAAUUGUUGAUGUAACAAAAGAGCGAGGUACUGCAGGAACAUUGACGGAAUGUCGAAUAGUAUGUACAGUUGAUCAUAAAGAUUACUAUUUGUAUUAUUUUUUGAAAAGACAUUCCGGUAGAACAUUAGUAUUUUGUAAUAGUAUUGGAUGUGUUAAACGUUUGGCAACAUUAUUUGGUAUUCUUGAUUGUAAUCCAUUACCACUUCAUGCAAAUAUGGUGCAAAAACAACGUUUGAAAAAUCUUGAAAGAUUUCAAAAAAAUCCAAACGGUCUUUUGAUCGCUACUGACGUAGCGGCUAGAGGUCUCGAUAUUCCUAAUAUUGAGCAUGUCAUUCAUUAUCAAGUACCGCGAACUUCUGAAAGCUAUGUUCACCGGAGUGGUAGAACAGCACGUGCUCAAAAAGAAGGUAUUACUGUUUUGAUGAUGGAACCUUCUGAAAAACAAUAUUAUACGAAGCUCUGUAAAACACUUGGACACACUCAGGAUAUUCCUAUGUUUCCAAUCAUAGAUCGACUUCUAGUUGCUGUCAAAGAGCGUGUUAAUGUAGCUAGAGAAAUCGAUAAGUUGGAGUUAGUCAGUAAGCGUGAUAAUUUGAAAAAAAGUUGGUUGAAAAAAGCCGCCGAAGAAAUGGAUUUAUUGCUCGAUGAAGAUGAACAAGAAAUGACAUUGGAGACUAAAGAAUCGGCAGAUCUUCGACGACACUUAAAACUUAAGAGAAAUCAAUUAUCUAAAUUGCUUAUGCAACCAUUAUUUACUCAAGGUUUUUCUGUGUACAAAUCAUCUGUUUUAGUACAUAUCACUUUAGAUUGA